GACCGCUUCUGUCUUCCUCAACCGCCCCACAAACCCGCGCCCCUGCCCAUAACGGCAUCAGCUUCGCGAUUUGAGGCUGCCGCUAUCUCAGAUCACCAGAGACGACCACUGCACCAUCGGACGCUAGUGAUCACCAAAGCACCGCCAUCCUUGAGCACGAACAACGCUGACGCUACCCUCGCUAGCACCACCAUACUAGCCACUGUCAACGGCAGCUGCAACCUGAGGGUUCAGGGAGAGAGGAGAGAUAUUUUAAAGGGAUAGGAGGUCAUCGGAGAUAAAAGGGUUCAAAUCCCUUGACUAAUCAAACGUCUCAAAGCAGGAAUAUUUCAAAUGGAGACACAGAAAACUCAACCAGAAAAACAGCAAUCACCUGCUGUCACCUCAUGUCGACGGAAAAGGAAGGAUGAUGCCACUUUUUUGGUGGAUGUGAAGGAUCACAUUGAUGAGUUCAUCCAUGCAUCUAUGGAUGAGCACAAGGAUUGUUUCAAGAAGACUAUCAAGAAGAUGUUUGGAAUGUCGAAGAUUGUUGCUGAGAGGAGUGCUGAUGCUAAGGAAGUCGAGAGUGCUCUUCCUCUCCGAACCACAGUGGCAGAGUAGAAUGUCUUCACCCGUGUUCUAAUGGGCUCAUAAUGCCAGUUUUAGUCAUGUUUUGGUUUGUGGUUAAAGAAUUACGACAUUUAGUGCAGUUUGCUAAUAUCACAUUACUCUGUUCUGUUUUGAGUUGAAUAAAUGAAUAAUGUUCGAAUUCUUUAAGGACCCCA